AUGAUGAACCGCGCCAUGUCUUCCACCCUAUUACCCUUUCUCUACCAGACGCGCACCCUGCGCCGCGCCAUCCAGCGUCCGCUCCGCCUCUCCCUAUCCUUCUCCGGACCACCGCACCUUCAACCCCAGCCACGACAACCUUUCCGGUCCGCCCACUCGGGUCCUCCGCGCCGGCCGAACCGCUCCGCCGACGAAGAAUCGAUUCCCUUCGAGUUCGGGCCCGACCAAGCCGAUGCCGCCGCCGCCGCCGCGAGGCAGAAGCAGCGCCAGACCUCGACCAUGACUGACGCCGAGAAGCGCGUGUUCGACGAGAUCUUUGGCGACAUCACCAAGCGCCGUCGGCAGUUUGGCAACCCGCUCCCCGGCGUCGUCCCCAGCGAGCUGACCGUCCAGGAAACCACGGGCAAGAUACGGUCCGUCACCCUGCCGGGAAGCGCCGCCGACGUCGAGGAGAAGGAGUGGACCCGCGAGGAAAUUCUGGCCAUGUACCCGCCCGCCCUGCGCCGCGCCGCCGAGAGCGCUUUGGGCCUGCAGGAGGACGACGAUGGGGGUAUCGCCUUUGACGACGGGUAUGCCGCCGAACUAGGCGACGAGCACGACGACGCGGGAGGGGCUGGUAUCGAGUCCGGCUCGGAUGCGGAGGCGGUUCGGGGUCGUGAGGAUGCCCGGGCCGCCGAGCGCGCGGCGUUGGUGGCGCUGCAUCGGGAUGAAAAGGCCCGGGUGGUGGGCGCGAUGCAGCAGUGCGCGUCGGACGUCGCGCUCUGGCAGCUCAUGGAGAGGGAGCACGGCCCUCUGUACUCGGUGCACCUGCUCUCGGGGCUCCGCCUCCUGGACCGCGGCUUCGGCAAGCCCUCGCCCCUGGCGCUGGCCGUGCUACCGCGCAUCCUGGAGCUGGGCAUGGCCUCGUACGUGCUGGGGGUGUCGACGCGCUUCUACAACGAGCUCAUGUCCAUCUACUGGUACCGCUACGGCGACACCGACGAGGUCAUGCGCCUGCUCCGCGAGAUGGAGAGGGCGGGCAUGUCGGCCGACGGGCAGACGCUGCGCCUGCUCGACGUCGUCGUGGACGCGCUCGAGGGCGCGGAGGAGUACGAUUCGAUCAUGGUGUCGAAGCUGAAGAAGAGGAGGGCGUGGGUGCUGGAUUGUAUGAGGGAGCGGGCGGAGGAGCUGCCUCUGUGA